AUGACACGUGUUCCAUUGUUGAUCUCACGGGAGAUAGUUGCACCCAUCAGCCAACGUGGUUGGUGUAAGGCUAAGUCACUACCACACAUUCGAGGUUUGGACUUAGCAGAUGACUUUCGUGGAGAGCCAUUUGUUGUGGAUGUGCUGAUCGGUGCUGACAAUUCUUGGCAGUUUAUGAAAGGAGCGACCAUUGAUGGCAAUGGCCCAACAGUGCAUAAGUCAAAUCUCGGUGCAUUGUUGUUAGGACCAGUUCAUAAGGAUAGGCCGAUUGUGGCAGCUGAUAUCAGACCCAUAAUGUGUUUCUGCGGAACUCAACCGGGAGAUGUGGACCUUUGUGGAGCGUUGUCCGACACGGAUUUAGACAAUCGGUUGUUGACAUAUUUUCGGUGUAGUGAAGUGGGUGUCAAUGACGUCACUGAUGACGUAGGUGGCGUAGAUGAGAACUUUAAGGCAGCAUAUAGUGAAAAGAUCGAAUUUCAGGAUGGGAAAUACUCGGUGCCUCUACCGUGGAAAGAGGACCAUGGGGAAUUGCCAUCCAAUCUACGAUUGUGCAGACGUCGUUUGGAUCAGAUUGUUGAACGUUUGCAGAAAACAGGGUUAAUGAACGCUUAUUGCAAGGUCAUGAAAGAACACAUGGAUAAAUGCUACGUAGAGGAAGUCAAGGGUAACCCCUGGGACGAAGAACAUUCACAUUACAUGCCACAUUUUUUUGUGCUCAAAAACUCGGAAACCACGCCUGUUCGCAUUGUAUUCGCGGCGAAUACAGGGCGCGUGAGCUUGAAUGACUGUUUGAUUACCGGUCCAUGUAUGAUUCAGAACUUACACGAUCUACUGUUGUUGUUUCGGGUGUCGCGCAUUGCACUGGUGGCUGACAUUGCUCGUGCCUUCUUAUCCAUUGGUCUAUUGGAACAGGACAGGAAUUAUGUGUAA